AUGACGGAGCUGCAGCUGAGGACCAAGCAGCGCAUGCGGGACAGGUGCCACAUCGGGUUGGGCGACGCCGACUACGACCGCUUCGACCUCAUCGUUGGCAUGCCGAUGGUGCCGUACGAAGUGCCAGCGGCGGCCAGGGUGGCCGACAUCUUCUUGUGGGGCGACCGGGCGCUGGACGACGGCAUCGACACCACGGUCGUCUACUCCGACGGCUCGGGGUACGAGCCCGCCACGCCCGAGCUCACGCGAAGCGGCUGGGCGAUUGUGCAACUGGACGUGAUGGGCUUGCCGAGGCGCGCCGCCUACGGGGCCCUUCCUGGCGCCCGCCAGACGGUGGGCAGGGCCUAG